AUGAUUGUCAUCAAGACAUCAGACUAUGGUGGUAGUCACAGAACACCAAGGAUAUAUCUUGCCUGUGAGAGAAGUGGUCAAUAUAAAGCUCAUAAGAAACUAAAAGGAGAUGAUUCAAACAAAAAAAUUGUGAAGAUAAUGGAUACAAAGAAAUGCGGGGGUCCCUUUGAGUUGAGGGCUCAUAAGUUGAUGAUUAAUGAUGAUUGGAUGGUAGAUGUAGCAUGUGGAAUACAUAACCAUGCUCCUGCUAAACAUUUUGAAGGACAUUCAUUUGCAGGGAGAUUAUCUGAGGGGGAAACAUCAUUAUUAGUGGAUAUGUCUAAAAGCAUGGUCAGACCAAAAGAGAUUUUGGUUACCUUGAAACAAAAUGAUGCUUUGAAUGUAACCACUGUAAAAACCAUUUACAAUGUACGUCAAAGAAAUAAUGUUAUUGAGAAAGCUAGGAGAUCACAGAUACAACAAUUGUUGGGUAAAUUAGAAAAGCAUAAUUACAUUGAGCAGGAUAAGUGUGACAACAACACGAUAAGUAUCACAGACUUGUUUUGGGCACAUCCUGUCAGUUUAGAUUUGCUCUGUUCAUUUUCAAAGGUGUUGAUCAUGGACUGCACAUAUAAGACAAAUCGAUAUUGUCUUCCUCUUCUUGAGAUAGUUGGUAUGACAUCCACUGAUAUAUCAUUCUCCGUAGCCUUUCAAUUUGAGUGGAUUGAUAACUACGUUUGGGUGUUAACUACAUUGCGUAGUCUCUUGGAUGACAUUGCUAUUCCUGAGAAAAUAUUUGAGAGUAAGGAGAAAUGGGACAAGUUUAUCUCUUCAUGGAAUGUCUUAGUACUUUCCUCAACUGAGCUUGAAUACAAUGAACGCCUUGCUAUGCUACUUGCAGAUUUUGAUACAUAUCCUGAGACAAUGCAAUACGUGGCUGAAAGUGCACAUGCAAAUCUUAAACGGCAACUUGGUUCUAACCAAGUCAAUUUUGAGUAUUCUUGGACCAAGAUUCAUAGUUUGCUUGAGUUACAACAUGUUGAUAUUAAGGCAUCGUUUGAUAAGAGUUUAACCGUUGUACAACACCAGUUCAAACCAUCCCAUUUUAGAGAGCUCCGAAGCAAUAUCUCUAUUACUGCAUUAGAUCAUGUCUUAGCGGAGAGUAAGCGAGCGGAUGAUGUUAGCAUUGAUGCUUCAGUAUGUGGAUGUGUUGUUCGACGAACACACGGGUUACCUUGUGCCCAUGAAAUUGCGGAUUACAUCCGACAGGGUCGUCCAAUACCACUUGAUAGCAUUAACCCACACUGGAGGACUCUUGAGAUAGUACAAAAGUUAAAGAAUGAUAAAGUGGAAUUGAGUUGUGAACCAAAGUUUGAUCUCAUACUUAAGCGAUUCAAUGCAUCUGAUUAUACUAUGAAGUUGGAAAUUCUGCAUAAGUUAUGA